UCCACUGAAGAAGAAGAGGACGCAGAAUAAUUACGUCACGUCCGCGAGCUUAAACGCCCCGCCCCCCUGCGUUUCCACUCCAUUUUCUUCCCAACAUACAUCGCGGCAGCUUUCGAGCUCAAAGCAAGAUGGCGGACAGACCAGUGCCCAUUGCUCAGCAGAGGCUCAUGGAUGUGAAGCUUGGUCAGCUGCCAUCCUGGCUCGGUACCCGGGACUUCACCCCUAACGGCCUCAUCGGCUCUGUUCGCAGAGGCUACGAAAGAUAUUACAACAAGUACAUUAACGUGAAGAAGGGAGGAUUUGGCGGCGUAGCCAUGAUCCUCGCUGGUUAUGUUGUACUGAGCUACGUUUGGGAAUACGAUCAUAUUAAGCACGACCGCUGGAGGAAGUACCACUGAAGCGUUUUGGACGUCAUGGACCACCGAGACACUCGGGCUGUCCCAACUAGUGUGAUCAGCACACCUUUCUUUCAUGGUUGUUGUGUAUAAAUUUAUUUGUGACCAAGAAAUAAACUAAAAUUAAGUGA